UCACGCAAUAUAUACCGUAGUACUGACAACUAUCUUCAAUUUUCCACAAGGAACAAGGCCGAUGUGUCCUUCAUUACAUCUUAGUUCCAAGUCACCUCCUUCUUAACUAAGCCUUCAGUGGCCCCCAACAUGGCCGUGGGAGCCUUUCCCCUGGCCAAAUUGGGUCUGCUCCUCAUCAAGCAAAUCUCCAAGCCGAUUGCCAAUGGCAUUGCUCGACGUGCCAAGGCCAGUAGGAUCUUUCGCACCUAUGUCUGCAUCCCCACGGCUCAAUUGUUCCAUUGGUAUGAUGUCAAAGUGCGGAUGCGUCUGUUGAACCUGGGCAAGGCCACCGUGAUUCCCAAGUUGAACGAGGAAAAGGCCAUCGAGACAGGUUCACAACUCCUUUCGGAGAUGAUCAUCUUGGGGAUUGCCUCCACGGUGCUCAUCUUCGAGUACAACCGAUCAUCGGAGAAGGAAGAGGCCAAGCAAGAGCAGAUUGAGCGCGAAAAGGCCUAUCUGGUGGACAAGGUCGAGAAUCUCGAGCUGACCUUGGAGAAGCAAACGGUGGAAAUCAAAGAACUAAGGCGACUCACACACCACCUCAGCGAUGAGGUAUACAAAAAGUCCUUGAGAGCUAAAUUGGGUUUGACCACAGCCCCAGAACCUGACUCAAAGAAAGGCCAACACUCGACCUUGCCCGUGGAACAAGUCUCGUACUGCAUGACCAGUGCUCCAUGUCAAGAGGAGGAGGAUGACAUUGAUGCCGUCAAGCCUUUGGUCUUGGCCGUGGCGGACAGUUUCGUGGGACCUUCAACAUCUUCAUUAUCAUCGGAGAUGGAUGAUUCUUAUCGGGUACAUUACAUGUUCUCACCGGUGGUGACCCCCGGGUUGGUGAGCUCAGCCGUGGACUACUUUUUAGAUGGCUGUCCGGGUGAAGAUAAUUGAUCCACAUGGAACGUAGUUUGUGAAGUCUUCCUCAUUCAUCGUGAUUAGCAUUCGAGAUUAAAUACAUCCUUCCUUCAAACAAACAAAAAAAAAACAUUGUGGAAUGAAUGGCCAAAAUGAAGUGCAGGAACGAUUACUUUUUUUUAUUUUAUCUGGAUCAUACUCAGGCUUUUUUGCUAUAGAGCAGAUUCAUUUUAUACUUUAUAAAAUAUCAACUUGUAUUUUGGUGGGAGACAAAAA